AUGAGCGGCAUAUCUCGUCUGCUACGUUGGGCUCCCUGCUUCUGGGCCGUUUCCAGACUGGUGAGCAGCUCCGGUCAGACUUCAAGAUCUCAGCUGCUCAGCAGUCAGUCCAAUUAUGAGUACCCUUCUGCUUCUGGCGACCUGCUUCACACCCUUAGCUUUCCCGCUCGUACAGUUGUCAAGCACACCAACGUCCCCAGGCCAGCACCGACUCGUCCCAAUUCUCGCUUAUCUACGCCGACUGGUUCCGAAAGGUCGAAUGCUUCUGCAGCAGAAGAUAGCAGUUCAGCUUCAUCAUCGCUGAGCCUCUUUAGCACUCGUCGCCCUCUCGUACACGACGGCUGGCAGUGGGAAAACCCGGACAGGCUGCCCAUUCGCGUGGUCAACAAAGCACUCUCGAUCACAAGCGUAAUUCUCAGCCAAGUCCGAGGCGUCUGCUUCGGCCGACCACUUCCGAUCGAACUACAGACUGGGAUCCUGGUUGCUGUGCGCCACCCCGUCCGCAAGUACGGCAGCUUCAGUGAAGGAGACAUGCUCCUCGUUUCCAAGCACUGGCACAGUCUCCACCGGCGACAUUUCUGGCAGAAGCGCUGGCUCAACCUUAGGCCAAAUGUAGCCCAGUGGUCUUCCAUCGCCGAACGCAUCCAGGCUCUGGCUAGAAAUGCGGACGUCAUUCACAACGUCAAACUCUCCGGGGUUCUGACCGACAUUCAGCCCGUCACCCUCCAGCAGGCUCUUUCCAACUGUUCCGACCUGGCACAUAUUGCCAACAGCACUGUCUACAGAAUUAAGAUCGGAAAGCUCGACUACCUCAACGAGCUGCUUCUUAAGCAAAUCUUGCUCCACCACCAGCGACGCAUCCGUCACUUUGACUUCCCAGCUGGAGAAACGCCGUUCUUCCUCGGGCGACGCUCUCUGUUUGCAGGUUCAGUGCUGCUGCUGCCCGAGGUUCGCAGGAUCACGGUCGAUAUCACAAACACAGAAGAGGUGCAGCUUCUCGAAGAUAUGCACGGCAACAGUGCAGCUAUCGUCUCGGUCUUUAUCGCCGAGCUUAUCGGAACGCACCAUCGCGAGCAACAGAGACAGGUUGAGCUCCGAGUCUUGUGCAUGCCAGAGGUCAGCGAGGAAACUGUGCGUCGAAUUACGCAGGAUCAUAUCCUUCUGGCUGACCAGAUCUACGACUUCACCCGGACAAUGCUCGGGAAAAUUCCGGGUCUUAAGUUAGUCGCGUCUUUCCAAGGUCCACUCGUAACACAAGCUGCGUACAACCUUGCCGUGCUGUGCUCUUGGGCCAGAAGGAGCAACAUCUCACUCAUCAACGCUUAG